CGCGCUCGGCGCCCCGCUCGCAUUGUUCGGGUGACUCCCGGAGCGCGCACAGCCCGCUCGCAGCGCUGCGAGACUGCGGCCCCCUCCGGCCCCCGCCCGGCCCCGGCGCAGGCAGCUCAGAUUAAAGAAGCUGAUUGACCAAGAAACCAAGUCCCAGGAGAAGAAGGAGCAAGAAAAGGAAAAAAGGGUCACUGCCCUGAAAGAGGAGCUGACCAAACUGAAGUCUUUUGCUUUGAUGGUGGUGGACGAACAACAAAGGCUGACAGCACAGCUUGCCCUUCAAAGACAGAAAAUCCAAGACCUAACCACAAAUGCAAAGGAAACAUAUGCUAAACUAGACCUCGCUGAAACCCGAGUUCAGGAAGAAGAGCAGAAGGCAACCAGAUUAGAGAAAGAACUGCAAACACAGACCACAAAGUUUCACCAGAACCAAGAAACAAUUAUGGCAAAGCUCACCAAUGAGGACAGCCAAAAUCGCCAGCUUCGACAAAAGCUGGCAGCACUCAGCCGGCAAAUUGAUGAGUUAGAAGAGACAAACAGGUCUUUACGAAAAGCAGAAGAGGAGCUGCAAGAUAUAAAAGAAAAAAUCAACAAGGGAGAAUAUGGAAACUGCGGUAUCAUGGCUGAGGUGGAGGAGCUCAGGAAACGUGUGCUAGAAAUGGAAGGGAAAGAUGAAGAACUCAUAAAAAUGGAGGAGCAGUGCAGAGAUCUCAAUAAGAGGCUUGAAAAGGAAACAUCACAGAGUAAAGACUUCAAACUCGAGGUUGAAAAACUCAAUAAAAGAAUUAUGGCUCUGGACAAAUUAGAAGAUGCCUUCAACAAAAGCAAACAAGAAUGUUACUCUCUGAAAUGCAAUUUAGAAAAAGAAAGAAUGACCACAAAGCAGUUGUCUCAAGAACUAGAGAGUUUAAAAGUAAGGAUCAAAGAGCUAGAAGCCAUUGAAAGUCGGCUGGAAAAGACAGAAUUCACCCUUAAAGAGGACUUAACUAAACUGAAAACAUUAACUGUGAUGCUGGUAGAUGAAAGGAGAACAAUGAGUGAAAAAUUAAAGCAAACUGAAGAUAAGUUACAAGCUGCUUCUUCUCAGCUUCAAAUGGAGCAAAAUAAAGUGACAACAGUUACUGAGAAGCUAAUUGAGGAAACAAAAAGGGCACUGAAAUCCAAAACUGAUGUGGAAGAAAAAAUGUACAGUGUCACCAAGGAGAGAGAUGAUCUAAAGAACAAACUGAAAGCAGAAGAAGAAAAAGGAAAUGAUCUCCUGUCCAAAGUUAAUAUGCUGAAAAAUAGACUUCAGUCAUUGGAAGCAAUUGAGAAAGAUGUUCUAAAAAACAAAUUAAAUCAAGAUUCUAGUAAGUCUACAACAGCAUUACACCAAGAAAACAAUAAGAUUAAAGAGCUCUCUCAAGAAGUGGAAAGACUGAGACUGAAAUUAAAGGAUAUGAAAGCCAUUGAGGAUGACCUUAUGAAAACAGAAGAUGAGUAUGAGACUCUAGAACAAAGGUAUGCUAAUGAACGAGAUAAAGCUCAAUUUUUAUCUGAAGAGCUGGAACAUGUUAAAAUGGAACUUAACAAGUACAAGUUAGCAGAAAAGACAGAGUCCAGCCAUGAACAAUGGCUUUUCAAAAGGCUUCAAGAAGAAGAAGCUAAAUCAGGGCACCUCUCAAGAGAAGUGGAUGCACUGAAAGAGAAAAUUCAUGAAUACAAGGCAACUGACGACCUAAUAUGUCAUCUCCAGGGAGAUCAUUCAGUUCUGCAAAAGAAACUCAAUCAACAAGAAAACAGGAACAGAGAUUUAGGAAGAGAGAUUGAAAAUCUAACUAAAGAGUUAGAGAGGUAUCGGCAUUUUAGUAAGAGCCUCCGGCCUAGUCUCAAUGGAAGAAUCAUCUCUGACCCUCAAGUAUUUUCUAAAGAAGUUCAGACAGAAGUAGCAGACAAUGAGCCACCCGAUUAUAAGAGUCUUAUUCCUCUGGAACGAGCAGUCAUCAACGGUCAGUUGUUUGAGGAGAGUGAGGACCAGGAUGAGGAACCUAAUGAUGAGGAAUCUGUGCUAUCCUUCAAGUGCAAUUCAUCUACUCCCUGUCCUGUUAACAGGAAACUAUGGAUUCCUUGGAUGAAAUCUAAGGAGAGCUAUCCUCAGAAUGGAAAAAUACAAACUAAACCCAAUGGCAACUUCAUGCAACCUGGAGAUCUAGUCCUAAGCCACAUGCCUGGACAGCCACUUCAUAUAAAAGUUACUCCAGACCAUGUCCAAAACACAGCCACUCUUGAAAUCACAAGUCCGACUACAGAAAGUCCUCACUCUUACACAAGCACUGCGGUGAUACCAAACUGUGGCACCCCAAAGCAAAGGAUAACCAUCCUCCAAAAUGCCUCCAUAACACCAGUGAAAUCCAAAACUUCUGAAGGCCUCAUGAAUUUAGAGCAAAGUAUGUCCCCAAUUACCAUGGCAACCUUUGCCAGAGCGCAGACCCCAGAGUCUUGUGGUUCUGUAACUCCAGAAAGGACAAUGUCACCUAUUCAGGUUUUGGCUGUGACUGGUUCAGCAGGCUCUCCUGAGCAGGGACGUUCCCCAGAGCCGAUAGAAAUCAGUGCCAAGCAUGCGAUUUUCAGAGUCUCCCCUGACCGCCAGUCAUCAUGGCAGUUUCAACGUUCAAACAGCAACAGUUCAAGUGUGAUAACUACUGAGGAUAAUAAAAUCCACAUUCACUUAGGAAGUCCUUACAUGCAAGCUGUAGCCAGCCCCGUGAGACCUGCCAGCCCUUCAACACCACCACAGGAUAACCGAACUCAAGGCUUAACUAAUGGGGCCCUAAACAAAACAACCAAUAAAGUCACCAGCAGUAUUACUAUUACACCAACAGCCACACCUCUUCCUCGACAAUCACAAAUUACAUUUGGAUUAUUUAAGAUCAAGGAGGUAUGCAAGCAGAGAAUCCCAACACGGAUCCCUAAACCAAAAUCUACAGGCAACACUAAGCUUUUCCCUAAAGCUCCCACAGGGCCUGUGGAUAAGCCCAGUCACUACACUGGCUGUGGGAAGCUACACAUCAUAAAGACUCUCACCUCUAACACUUUUCUCCACAUGGGAGGGAAAAGGUAAGUCAUGCCAAUGCACUAUCUGGAUACAUCCACCUACAGAAACAUCUGGAAAGCUAAAAUUACCAGUAUGAAGACCAAAGAGGAAAGGUCAUGUCUCUAAGAAAUGGCAAAGCAGCAAAAUGACAAAUAGUUCAUUCACAGGUUGCUGGACCUGGUGAAUAGCAUCCUGAAAGAGCAACACAUCUACAUUUAUUUUAUCUAUAUGUGUGUAUAGGCAUAUACAUACAAAUAGGCCAAAUCCUUCCAAUUCCUCAUUCUACUUACAAUCCAGCCCAAAGCUGGACAAUCUAUCAUUAGCAUGGGAUAGGACUGAAUUCAUGAGAACAGCUCAAAAGUUUUCUGGUGAACUCGGAAGUAACCCUUUCAUUUCACAGAACUUUAUUGAAUCAUAUUUUGCUAAGAAGAUAUGCUAGCAAGAAUUCCUAAUCUCCUUCCAGAAAAUCAGAUUAUUUCCAUUAAAAUGGCAGGACAACUUAAAUCAUAACUUAAGGUCUAAAACUAUGAUUUCUUUACACCAGGAUAAGAAAAAAAAAGUGGUAAUUCUUAGUACAUGGAAGAAAGAACAACAAAAAUGAGUGAUGGGUGAACACAUCCUUUGUGUAACGGACCUGAUAAUCACUGGUGUAAUAUGCACACUUGACUGCUGGCACUUAGUCUUCUGUCUCACUUCUUCUAGUAAGUUACCCCUCCUAUAUAUGCCAGGCCAUGGAAUCAUAUUGCUAGGCUUAUUAUGAAAACCAUUUUAGAUGGGUAUUUUUGCUUUCUAAAGUCAUCAGGACAUUUAAGAGUCAAAGGUCAUUAAUCCUGAGAUCUUCUAGGGAGAUAAGAAUCACUGUCCCAGGUGUUUAAAAAAAAAAAAAAGACAAAAAUUUAUUGUCUCAUCAGACAUUCUUUAAUUACAUCACUUCAAUGAAUCAGUGUUACAGAAAAACACAGUUGAUUCAGCAAAAGACUCAAAUUCCAAUCCUAGCUUUUUACUCAUUUGACAAUGAGCUUGGCAUUCAUUCUGAGCCUUGAGUUUCUCAUAUAUAAAACAGGAGAACUGAAUAAUUCUUCAGAUUCCUUCCAGUUCUGAUAACCCAUGACUGAAUUCAACCAGUCAUCUACAAGGUGGGACUCAGGCCUCUGGCAGUAGUUAGCUAAAGUAAUUCUUUUCAUCACACUUAAAACUCUCUCAUUGAGUUAAGAGAAAGGUAUGUUUGUAAUUCAGUGUGGACAGAGCAACACAAUGUUAUAAGACAAGGCAUUUCUGACAUGAGACACAGUUAUAUUAUACAAAGCUUCAGUGAGAAAGAAAAAAAUUCUGUGAAGAGCAUGAUGCAAGGUUCUCUGUGAUCCUGCACCAAGAACGGGAGACAUGAUCCGGGAAGAAAUCCUGGAAGGACAGUGCUUUAGCCAGCUAUCCUGGGAUGGAGCCAGCAAAGUAGGAGCAAAGGAACUGCCAUUCUCCACACUCAUCCAGCCAAGCCUGCUUCAAUGUGCUCAUGUCACUGUACAAAUACCCCUGAACUCACUCCAAUUUCAAGGAGGAGGAAAAGGAGCUGGAAUUCUGGGUAGCAAUGAGCAAUGCAGCCAGAGAGGGAUGACGUGCAGCAGUCCCAACAGGGAAGUGGCAGAGGAAGAAGACAGGGGAGGUCAUGUGAAUUAAAAGCCUGAAAUGGAAAAGUCUAAGUUGAAAAGCAGUAGGAGAAGUAGUGGGAGGAAGUGAACUACAAAAAAAGGUGACGAAGUUCUAACACAAACAUACAAGAGAAACAGUUCAGAAGGAAGUGCAGGGUAGUAACAGGUGAAUGGUACAGUGGGAACAUGUGUAGGGUGCUUAGUGUUGUGCCUGCAAUAUGCAGGUAAUGUUAAAUGAACAGAGAAUGAGUGAACGAUGGAGAGAAGGACCAUUCAGUCAAGACGUUUAAGUGAGAAAAUUGCUAAGAGAUGGCAGUGGUAUUUGAUAGAGUGAGGAAAAGCAGUUAUGCCAGGUGACUGACAUUCAAGACUGAUAAUUAUGCUAAUGGAAAGAAAAAACACUGGACCUUCCAAAGUGGAAACCAAACAGACUGAAAAGAAGCAUAAAACAGGAAAAAUAAGCAUGAAAUACUUCCAGAAAAACAAAAGACACGGGGAACAUUUUUACCUUGAAGAGCACAAAAUAUAUUGUAUGUUGGACAUUUUUUAAUUGUUUUCUCCUAGGUUAGGAGACUUCUUAAAGUACAUUUUCAUGCCAAGCUGGCAUAAGUUCAGGAGAAAGCAAAAAAAGAAGGACAAGGUACAAGAUACAAAGUACUAAAAAAGAGUCGGAAAAUAGCAACUUCUAUGGCAAGCAGCAGAAACCCAUAUUUAAAUGGUAACAGUUCUAAUCCCAAUAAGACAAAAAUCUUUAAAAUAACAAAGUCUAUUUUAACAAGAGGAUUACCAACCAAAAACCAUGCUUAUUUUAAAGCAAUAUGUAACACAAUAAAAAUGCAUAAGUAGCUUAGAACUGGGAAUACUAUUUGGAGUUUAACACAAUGGUGUUUGAUCUAUAACACAACUGAAACAUAAAGAAUCCCGUUUCCUGAGAAUAACCCUAUUUCUGCAGAAAUGUGGCCCCUCUGAAAAACAGUAAAAAUAAAAGAAGCUAUCCUAAUUCUGGAGUUACUUUACUAAGUUUUUAAAAGAAAGCAGAUAAAAAUCCAAGUGAAUAAAAACAAAUCCAAUUUGUAACAAGAAUUUUAAUAACCUGAUAUUUUUCUGCUGGAGGGUUUCUUCAACCCCUCAUUUAUUUAGCUUCAGUGAUUUCUGAACUAAUCUCCUUUUAACUACUUGAAUAAAGUAUCUGAUUUUUAACAGAAAUGUGACUGAUCUAAUAUAUGACUGAUAAUGAUGGACUAAGUAAUGGCGUAUUUGAUGUAAAAUGCAAUUCUCUCUGGGAUAUGUUUCAAAUCCCUGUUCUAGGGGACAUGUGACAUACAACUCAGGUUCUGACACUGAAUCUGGGGCAGGGGUAUGCAAACUGCAGCCCACAGAUCAAAUUCAGCCCACUGUUUGUUUCUGUAUGUCCUGCAAGUUAAGAAUAGUAUUUACAUUUUUAAAUAGUAGAAAAAAAAUCAGAUGAUGAAUAUUUUACAAAAUGUGAAAAUUACAUGAAAUUCAAUUUUCAUUGUCCAUAGAUAAAGUUUUAUUGGAACAUAACCACACUCAUUUGUUUACAUAUUUAUUAUGGAUGCUUGCUUUUAUGCCACAAUGGCAGAGUUGACUAGUGACAGUGACUGGACAGCAAAGCCUAAAACAUUUACUACCUGGCUUUUUACAAAGAAAGUUUCUGAUCUCUGGCCUAGUGUGAAUUAGACUAGCAAGAACUCAGGAACAAGAGCUUAAGAGCUUAAUCAACUAAUUAAAAAAAAAACUAGUAAUUUAAGAACUAAGAAUUUUUUGAAAGCCGAUGAAAACAGGGAAACUAUCUUUCAAGCUGUUUGUGACACAUUUAGUAAAAUGUAUAAUUCUAUGAAUGCACUAAAGUGUUCAACUAAAGAAUAUCAGGUAAGAACAGGUCAAAGGAUUUGUGCCACAAAACAAUGUUGCUGUUGAAUCUGAGAGGGGAAACGGAAGUAUUUCUAGGCCUUCCAAACUCCUGGUAUUUUUCAAGAGGUUCAUAGACAUUUAGCAAAAUGACCGCAGAACUACUGUGCAUGUAGUUGGAGAAAGAUGUAUAGAUCUGUACCUUUAAACACAAUUGUUGUCAAGAACCACUUGUUUAGUCACUUGUAAGAAUUACUGAAAUUGUAUACAAUAAAGUAAAAGUGGCCCAUGCCGUUUCUCUGUGGGUCUGUCGCAGUCUGCAAGCUCCGAAUACCGACCGCAGGCGCGGCAGGCCCUCCCCUCCAGUUCUCCCCUUUAAGAUUUUUCCUGCCCCUGUUUUCCGCCCUCGAACAUCUGUUAAAGUCACAUUACUUGCAUUUUGGUUGAACCACAUUGAUGUAUAAAUUCCACAAUGUAAGCGUAUGUUUUAUCCUCUAAUUCCACCCCAGUGUCUAAAAUAGGGCCAAGCAUGAGAGUUCAAUAAAUCAUUUUGAAGUUGAUUCUCUGUUGUUUGUUAUCAAAAUGCACUA